AUGCCCGAGACCGCCUCAUUCGCAAGUUUUGUCAAAGACGCGCGAGAAAAAAAGAAGCACGAAGCUCUCGCCCAAGAAUUCCUAGGAGGAAAUCGAGGGAGGAAAACCAAUGCCUCAGGUGCAGGAGGAGUCGCUAAAGCGCGCACUGAAUCAGCAAAGCCAACACUUUUGAGUCGCAUAAGCGGCGCCGGUGUACAGAAACGCUCUUCAUCCGCAAAACCAGAUUCGAGAGCCAACAUCGAAGGGAAAUGGCAGCACGACUUGCACAAACUGAACAACCCCAACGGCCCGGCAGGAGCAAAAGGGCGACUUAACCGCCCAGCUUCUGCUUCACAAGUCGAUCGUAAUAGCAGAACCUAUGACAAGUUCGCAUCGGUUCUGAAUAGAAAUGCGAAUACGCGCAGCAACGAUGCGCCCGGCUUCAACAUUAGGGGCGUUGCAACGGGUGGGCCAUACACAGUCAUUGCUAGCAACUUUGCGCCAGGAACGACUGCUGCGGAUAUCGAAGCGGUCAUGUCGCCACACGGAGGCGAGACAUUGGGUUGCAGGCUCAUCUCUGCGUCACCGACGGUCAUGGUGGAGCUACAAUUUGCCAACAAGGAGGGUGCCGAGAACGUGAUUGCGAUGUUCAACAACCAGAAGGCGGACGGAAGGCUACUCUACGUAUACCUGAAGGAGACUCCCUCGAGCAACGCCCUUGCGCACUCCCGACCACCGCCUGCCCGCCUAGCGCAUCCAGUCGAUGAUAUGGAUGUUGAUACAAAUGCCGGUGCCCGUAAUGGUAGCUUUCAAGACGGACGAUAUGGUUUCAAUGAAGGCGCUGGCAGAGACCCACCUCGAGGACCGCGCAGGCGAUACUAG